UCGAGUGAAGGCGCGCGCCACGGUGGCAUGCCAUGGCAGGCGACGGCGUCGUCAACCCUGCCAACCGCGUGGCGUCGCGGCCUUAAAAGGCUUUGCGGGGAGAAGACCCGGAGGCCGUGCAGUUGCAGUUGCAGAGAGAGCUGAGAGGCGGUGAAGCAGAGACAAGAAGAAAGGCAGGCGCGCUCGGUUGGGAGCUUAACCGGAUCGUGUCGAGUUGGAUGGCGGGCGGGAGCGCGAGCAAGGUGCGGGAGUGGAUGCGGAAGCGCAUGGCGCCGAGGAGGAAGGCGGCCGGGAGCGGCGGCGACGGCGGCAGUAGCGGCGAUCGGCAGACGCCGCCGGCGUCCGCGCCGUCGUCGUCGGAGCGGAAGCUCCUGGCGGGCGCGGCCCCGCCGGCGCUGCGGUGGAGGAAGCCCCGCGGGAGCGCGCUGGCGGCGCUGUUCCGGUGGGCGGCGUACCACCUGCUGUGGCUGGUGGAGUCCGUCGUGGUGGUGGCGCAGCUCGUGUUCUUCUUCGUGCGCUUCGGGUUCAGGCUCUGAAGAAGCUCUGCCUGGGUCGCGCAGUGCCGGGGAUUUGUGGGGCGCCAACGGAUCCAGCGAUUCUUUCGUUUUUCUCUUCUCGUUUGUUUUUGUGCUCGCCACUUUUCGGUUUCCACCACCACAAGCUGUAGAUAACUUGUUCUUGUGUUUUGGAGAAUUUGUAAAUUGCUCCUGUAAUUGUCUUCACAAGGGACUGCUGUUUUCCCCCCCAAUUCCAUUGAGAAUGUCCUUGCUCGUAUA